AUGCUUACUAGGAGACGUGAUGAAAACUGUGAUCAAAUAUCAAACAUUGGUUCUCCAAAACGGAUUUGUGUAGUUAAUGAGAGUGUUAACCAAGUAAAUGGUAGUGGUGGUGGUAGUAGCAUAACUGGUGUUAUUAACGUUAAUGGAGGAGGUGGUAGCGAAUCUGAUCAAGAGCCUCAAUUUUCUACACGUUUCUCUUCACAUUCAUACACAAUAUUUGAUCAAGGGCUGUCAACUGACGAGUACAAACUAAAAGAAACACCCUUGAGUGAAGAAGAGUGUAAAUAUUAUAGAGAUGCAGCUCAAGAGAAAGGAACUCAAAAUUUCAUUCAAGAAUUCAUAUUCGAAAAAAACAUUACAAUUCAUAAGUUAUUUUAUGCCUUUGAUUACAGACUGCCAGCAAGAAUAAAGAACCUUCCAGAAAAGGAAUUGCUUUCAAUUCUUCACAAAAUUUUAGCAAAAUUCCUUCGACAAAGAAAAAAACUGCCAAAUAUUAAUACUUUACAGGAUGUAAUCAGGCUAUUAUCUGAAUCAUCAAAUAUCAUGGUUUUGACAGGCGCUGGGGUUUCUGUUUCAUGUGGCAUUCCAGACUUUCGAUCUGAAAACGGCAUCUAUUCUCGAUUAUCUGAGUUUGAUUUGGAAGAUCCUCAAGACAUGUUUGAUAUAAAUUAUUUCAAAGAUUGUCCAAAAGUGUUUUAUUCUUUUGCUAAGGAGAUUUAUCCAAGUAAUUUUUUGCCAUCUCCUUCACAUUAUUUUAUAAAGUUAUUGGAAGAGAAAGGCAAACUUUUAAGAAAUUAUUCACAAAAUAUUGACACUUUGGAACAAGCUGCAGGGAUAAAAAAUGUUUUACAAUGUCAUGGAUCUUUUGCAACAGCUAGCUGCUUAGCCUGUGGUUAUAGGAUUGAUGGUGGUGAGAUAAAAGAUGACAUUUUAAAUCAAAAAGUGCCAUAUUGCCCCAAAUGUAAUCUAGAAAAUGAUAAAUCAGAAUUUGAAUUAAGAAAAAAAUCUAUAUCUCCAUCAGUUAUGAAGCCAGAUAUUGUUUUUUUUGGUGAAAAAUUACCUCCAGAGUUUGAUAAUUAUUUUCCUAAAGACCGAGAAAAGGUUGAUCUUUUGAUUGUAAUGGGAAGUAGUUUAAAGGUUGCACCAGUUAGUGAAAUAAUGGGUCAAAUUCCUCACCGUGUCCCACAAAUUGUGAUAAACAAGACUCCUAUUAAACAUAUGCAAUUUGAUGUUCAAUUACUUGGAGAUUGUGAUAUUAUUAUUCCAGAGCUAUGCAGAAUGCUUGAUUGGGAACUUUUUCAUGAAAAAUUAUCUGGUGGGUCAUCUUUAAAAAAACCACCUGUGAAUUAUAAUUUCUAUGAACCAAAUGUUUAUUUAUUUGAAGGAGCAAUUGUGAAACCUAAAGAAUUGUCUACACUCAGUGUCAAACCAAACAUUGAAAGUAUUCUAAAUAGUGGUCAUUUGUUGAAAAAUGGUAUCAAAUCAGAAAAUAAUGAUAAAAAAUUGUGUUGA